GAUUUUCUUAAGUUUGCAGAUAUUUUCAUCUGAAAUGAAUUCCAAACAACGGAUUUUGGGGUCUUCUUAUGAGAAUUUCUGUUAGGUUUAUGAGAAAUGAAACCAAUUUCAACUCUGAUCCAAGGAUUUUGAGAUUUUUACUUGGGAUUAUUUAUUGAUCUUUAUCUGGGGUUUAGCGCAAUGAAUCGCCCAUAUGUAAGGCAAAAAAGUAUUUCGAGUAAUGCAUCUGAAGGUACACCUUCAUCUCCAAUGAAGUCUCCAAUGAAUCGACAUGGUUCCACAGGCAUUGGAAAUUUUCGCAAAACACCAAACAAUGCAACUAAAGCUGCAGCUCAAAGACUUGCACAGGUAAUGGCACAUCAACAUGCUGAUGAUGACGACGAUGAUGACGACGACUUGUCAAUUGACUAUAACCCUCCCAGUACUACUUCAACCCUUGGACUUUCAGGAAGGUCCAUGCGUUCUCGAACCCCUGCGUUAGGUCGGAAUGGUAGUGAACAACCUCAAUCUGUUCGUUCUGCAUCAGCUAUGCGUCCAGCUCUAGCAGUAAGGACUGUGCCAGUCGUACGUCCCAGUGUACCAAUAUCCCUAAAGCCUCCAACUUCUUCACUUACAGGGGAUACUCCUCGAAGGAUGUCUGUAGAUUCGGGGAACAUGAGUGUCCGAGAAAGUGGGAACCGUUCCUCUUCUGAUCUUCAAGAUGAGAUUGAUAUGCUAGAGGAAGAAAAUGAUUCUGUCCUUGAGAAGUUAGGUCGUAACUCUAUUGAACAACCUCCAUCUGCUCGUUCCAUAUCAUCAGUACGAUCAUCAAUUGCUGUUAGGACAGUUUCAACAGGACCAGCAAGUGGACCGAUAUCACUAAAGCCACCAGUAACUCCUGGAGAGACUCCUCGUGAUGGUCGGAAAAGGUCAUUUGUUGAUUUGGCAAGUUUGAGUGGACGGGAAACAACAACACGUUCUUCUUCUGCUCUGCAAGAUGAGCUUGAUAUGCUACAAGAAGAAAAUGAAGACAUACUCGAAAAGCUUAGACUUGCUGAGGAGAGAUUCGAAGAAGCAGAGGCCAGAGCUAAGCAACUUGAAAAACAGGUUGCUAAUCUUGGAGAAGGUGUAUCCCUUGAAGCCCGUCUUCUAAGCAGGAAGGAGGCAGCUCUGCAACAAAGAGAAGCUGCUUUAAAAGCUGCUGAAGCCCAAACACAUGGUGUUAGAAAUGAAGAGUUAGUUUCCCUUCGGGAGGAAGCAGAGACUACUAUGGAGCAACUCCACGAAGCUGAAUGUGAAAUUAAAUCUCUGCGAACGAUGACAAAGCGAUUGAGAUUGACCACGGAAGAAAUGGAAGAGGUGGUUCUUAAGAGGUGUUGGCUCGCUCGAUAUUGGAAAUUAUGUGUCCAACAUGGAGUGCAUGCGGAAAUAGCUGAAUCAAGACAUGAGUAUUGGUCAUCCUUAGCUCCCCUUCCUCUUGAGGUUGUAUUAUCUGCUGGACAGAAAGCAAAAGAAGAAAGUACAAGAGAUAAAACUGACGCUGGGGAAAGGGGUAAAGACCCACUUGACUUUAAUGAUUUUUCUGGAGACGGGAAUAUCGAGAGCAUGCUGUCAGUUGAAAAGGGCCUUCGAGAACUAGCUUCACUGAAGGUAGAGGAUGCGGUAAAACUUGCGAUGGCUCAACAUCGACGACCAAAUUUGAUCAAGUAUGGCGCGAAUGUCCCUGAUGAUCUAAAAGUACCAACUGAGAGUCAUAAUCUGCUAGACGCAUUCGAGUUGAGUCAGGACGAGACUGAAGAUGUACAAUUUAAGCAGGCUUGGCUUGUGUAUUUUUGGAGAAGGGUGAAAAAUCAUGGAUUAGAAGAGGACAUUGUCGAUGACCGUUUGCAAUCUUGGACCAGCCUAAGCACUCGGACACCUACCUCACAUGAUGCAGUUGAUGUUGAAAAGGGUUUGAUGGAGCUCAGAAAGUUAGGAAUUGAAAGCAGGUUGUGGGAAGCAUCGCGCAGAUUGAUCGACCCAGAUUCGGUUUAUAGCAAAACAAAUACAGAAUAUGACUUCUAAUAACAACAUAUUGAUACUUAGGAAGGUUCAGUGAUCUUCAUCUGGAUGUUCUGUUCUUUAGUUAGAGCCGACUGGAGAUGCUAUCGUGCAGAUAAAAAUCAAUUACAACAAAUUCCAUUUUCCUUUUAUUUCUUAUUACUCUGUAAAGAAAGGCUAUCUGAUUUAGAUUAAAAUCCAAGCAGUGCAGCUAGUUGAGUCGGUAAACUGAUGUAGAGAGAUUUGCCAUUUUUUUGAACCUAAUCUUUUCCAGAUACACAUAACUAUUUGGAUCUAUAAAUGCUCACAAUGUUUAAAUACAAUUGUUUAUUCA